ACGUCACCAAACUACUCUGACACGUGCCGGAGCAUACCAUCUCAAAAGGAAAAUAAAUAGUCCUCAUUUAUAUAUUUAUUAAAUAAUCAAAUAACUUUCUUUAUUACUGUUUUGAUAUUUCACAACUCAUAAUUCGGUUUACGUCAUUAUAUUGACAAUAUCUAAAUUGACUCAAAUGUAACUCACCUCUGCAAAGUCUAGUUUGGGAAAUUACGCUAUGUUUAACCCGGAAGAGAGACGAAUGCAGUUCGAUUGAAGAGACGUUAUCAUUCUUUAACAGAAGGCCAGAUGAACAACCUGAAUGACCCCCAGGAAUGGAACAUCAGGCCAGAGCAGAGGGGGGGUGGUGGUGGCAGCGAUGGGAACAAGUGGAACUAUGCCCUACUGGUGCCCAUGAUCGGUCUCGCUGCCUUUCGGUGGAUAUGGUCCAGAGAGUCACAGAGGGAAGUGUUGGAGGUGAAAGAAAAGUUUGACAAGAGCAUGCAGGCCAUCCGUGAUGACAUGGAGGUGAAGUACAAGGACACGCUGAGAGAGAACCGACGGGAGACGGUCCACCUGGAGCUGGAACUGGAGAAGGAGAAGAACCGCGUGCAGGGCUACCGCCAGGCCAUAGCCUCCCAGGGCCAGCAGCUGAUGGAGGAACGCAGGAGGCUUAGCCAGGAGCGGGAGGCCCUGACUGGCGAGAAGAGCCGACUGCUGCAGGCUAGCGGAGCUGGGGCCCUCCUCCACACGGCUUUGGAGAGGGAGAGCGAGUGGCACCGGGGAGCCAUAGCUGCUCUGAGGGAUGUGGAGGAGGGUCUGGCGGAAAGGCAGGGGGCCUUCUGCAGCAUCCUGGUGCCCUGGGAGAAGAGGCUGGAAAUGGAGAAGGACUUGCUGGUCAGAGCUGUCAGAGAACGGGCUCUCGCCCAGCUGGAUAUGGAGGCCGGCCUCAAGGACAUCUUUAAAAAUGACCGCAACUGUGCACAGUACCUGAACACUGACAAGCGCAAGAACGGUAGUCUGAUGUGGAUCUACCUCAGAUACUGGCAGCUGCAGGUCACACUACAGAAACACAGGAGAGCAGAGGCCACGUUGAUGGGAACACAGUCUAGCAAUCUAUGAUGUCGCUGGGAUUAUGAGCCAAAGUGAUAUUUAUUAAGGAUGUGUAAAAUGUCCUAUGAGGAAGGACAAGCAUUUAAAAUGAGUACAGAAAAUUAUUGUUGAUAAUCUAAAAAUGUGUAUCUGAAAGAGAAAGUAAAAAUAAAAACUGUAAACAAUA